AUGUCGCAGCAAUACUACGGAGAUUCUCAAUGGGCCGGCGCCGGUCCAUCCCAAACGACUUGGGAUCACCAGACUCCUCCGCCGCCACCGGCGCGAUCUGGUGCCAGCUCUGCCAUUCCACGCGAAGUCGAGUCGAUCGCAUUUGCCUAUCAAUUUGAGGAGGUUGAGCGAGCUGUCGAUAAUCUGGUUAAGAGCGGGAAGUUGUACGGCCCGCCAGGGCGACAUGGACGGGCUGCGUCUGGUCAUGGCCCGCGGCCGCAUUCCGUGGAGUUUGGCGACCCGCGAGCCGGCCACCCUGGUCCGAACCUGCAGAAUUUCUAUGCCGCGCAACGACACCAGCCUUCGCGCGGUUCCAACGAGGCGGAACAAAUGAUGCAGGCCAAGCGGAGGAUGGCGGCUCAACGGGAGCGAGAGCUUCGCAACUAUCAUCAAGAGCAGCAAUUUAACCGAAAUGUUCUUUCUGAUGUUUCUUAUAACAGCAAGCCUGAUCGCGCUCUAAGCCCUGGCAGCAUGUCCGAAGACGAACGUCGUGAUUUGAUCGCACGCCAGCGUAGUGCCCUUUUCGGCGGCGAGGGUAGCUAUCCCGAUGAAUCUAGCGUGACUCGAUCUGGAGUACCUGGCUUGCCCACUGCAACCUCCGGUCACCGUGGCCCUUCCCCCUUAGCUUACGACUACGGACGACAGGGUAUUCCCAACGCCUCCGAAAGCGCAUCGCAGCCUAAUGAGACGCAGGGUCUCUCCCGUGCUAACAGCAAUGCCAGCCCCCAGUCGAACCCGCCGGCUAAUAUGGGUAUCUUCGAUAGCGCUGUCGGCCAGCAAGCUAACCGCACCAGCAACUCAUCCCCAACUGGUGGAUCCCCGCCUCGGGCUGGAGGAAUCUCUAAGCCGGGUCAGAGCGGGAACGCGGUAGCCCCUAUCGGCACUCGUCCGUCGGCGGCUUCUCAGGCUACUAAUCCGGCCUUAAACAAGCGCUCGACAACUCCUCUGCCGUCGCCGUUAAGCCACGGCUUCACUGCCUCGAGCAACGGAGACGACGUUAACCAAGGCGUCUCAACUACUUCUGCUCCUUCUAACCCGCCCAGUGCUGCAGCAGAUGGAUACAACGGAUGGAGCAACCGCUCAGGUGUUUGGGGAAGCAAAUCAAACUUGGGGGUUCAGGCUAGCGUUUGGGGUUAG